AUGGCAGAAAAAAAGAAGCAGAGAGAAAAGAAUGACAAGGAAAAAGCUCGCAAGCGUACAGACUUUGCCAAGCUCCUUAAACCCAAGGUCAAAGAGAAAAUUCUCAAGUAUCUGCGAUCGCUUGCUCCUCCUUUGCCAGACGACAUAGAUUCUGAAGAAGCGAAGGAGUUUCAACUGACGGAUGACGAGCUGCUUGGAGGCCUCCGCGACGAAGUCUUGAACAUAUCAAGCAUUGAAGAGCUAGAUGACACAAUCACCUCCAAGAAGUCGCAGCGAGAGUACAUGAUAGAAAAGCAACAGAAGAUAAUGAAAAUGCCUGAAGCAGAGGAAGAGAACAUUGACAAACGAAUAAUCAAAGAGGCAGAAGAAGAACUUGAGGAAGAAUCAAGCAAUCUUGAUGGCGAAGAAGAUCAGGAUCAGGAUCAGGAUCAGAACGGAAAUCAAUCCUCUGACGAAGUUUCGUCUCCAUCCCAGCAAUCUUCUGCUGAUAAUGUAGGGAAGAAAGAUGUCUCAAGCGUAUCAUUGCAGGAGGAUCCGGACAAUCCAAAUCGUUCUGCCAACCCGUUCACAGCUAUUCCUGCAGACGACCUCUUCGAGUCAGAUGGUGAGUCGUCAAGAAAGAUUGGCUCAAAGCGCGGACCCAAACUUUCUCGGUCACAAAAGAAGAAGAAGCUGACAAACAGCAAGACAUUCUACGACAACUUAGACAUCGAAAGGAACCUGUGA